AUGCACAGCGCCGCCGCAGUCGCACUCGCCGCAUGGUCGCCCACGGCCGCGCGUGCGGGUGCGUCGCGGGCGGGCCCCAGCGGGCCUCCGCAGGGAGGGCCAGUCUGGCGGUCGUGCCCAGCGCCUCCUGGAGGAGCGCAGCGCAAGGUCGUCUCCUUCGCCGCGGCUCCAGAGUGUUUCGGCCCCGCCGACCCCGCAGAGGAGCUCGUCCAGGCCCCGCCGGGCGGCGAGGGCGCCGACAGCGGCGCGAGGCUGAGCUCUCCCGCCGCGGGCGGAGGCUGGCUGGGAGCUCCGGCGGUCUGGCAGGAGGGCGUGCCAGACAGGGCAGCAUCGGCUGCGUUCGGCGGCGCCAGUGGGCCCGCAGGUGCGCAGCAGGAGGAGGAGGACGCCGCAUUGGCCGAGAUCGAGGCGUUCGCCGACGAGCAGGCCCGGCGAUUCGCACCUCUGGUUGACAAGCGGCGCGCGCGCCGGACGGCGACUGUCAGCAUCGGCCGCGCGAAGCGGGCGGACGGCAUCAGCUUCCAAAUGGAGUCCUCCGCCCUGUGGCAGCGCAGAGGGGUGACUGGGAGUGGCCUGGGGGCCCUCGGCUGCGUGCUCGGGUGA